AUGUUCAAAAUCAACGCCUUCUUCCUUACCUUGUUGCUCAGCCAAGCUGGCGCCACCCCCCUUCGAACUGAUCGUCAGCUCUCUGAGGAACUCUUCAUCUCGUAUGAGCCUCAAACCGCUGUGACUGAUCACGCUGCUAUUGAUUUGGAUCAACAAGCCAUCGAGCAGCAAUUGGCUGCUGGUACCGACGAGGGCCGAGCCAGUGCCAAGGACAUCUAUACCAACGGUGCAUACAGCAAGACGUAUGCUGUCCUCCAGCUCUCUGCCCCCCUCACCUCUGAAGUGCAAAAGGGUGUGGAAGUUACAGGCAAAAAUGCCAACGGAGACGAAAUUCUUGGAAAUGUGCUAGACGUUGCCGAAGAGGGUGAUACCACUAUCCGAGUGCAGUACAAGACCUCCAAUGUGCAAGCAACUUACUCUACUUGCCAAGUCGGAGCCAGCCCUGAUCCAGUCACCACCGGAUGUUUUGCCCCUUCUGGAGAUAUCAAGGCGGGAGCUAAUGAUCCUUUCACCUACACCUACGAUGUUAGCACUGGAAAUCAAAAUGCUCGUACUAUUCAGGGCUUCAGCCUCCAGGCUAAAGCCAAGAUGUAUGAAUGUGAAAAGUGCCCAUACGACACUUACAAAAAAUUCUAUGAUUAUUAUGGAGCAUUCGAUUAUGCCAACCAAUGGGUCCUUGCGGCUUUCAACAACGCCAAUAUCGCUUUCACCAAUGGAGGUGCCGAUUUCUCCAAGUACCAGACUGAAGGAACCAAUGAGGCCAUCAAGAAGGGAACUGCCUACAUGAACAUCUGGAUGUAUGUUAUCCGUGAAUUGGAAGAUGCUGUGGAUGACUGCAACAACAACUGCUCCACUGAUGAUUGCAAUGAUGACCAAGUCCAUGCCUGGGACGAAGCGGUAGCCUUCUACACCGGAUCUCUCACCAAGCAAAACGCAAAGGAGGGAGUCUUGCUCUACACUCUGGCCCAGAAGCGAUGCCUCAACUUUGGUACUUGCGGUGAUGAUGGCGUUGCUGGAGUUAAUACCCAGAUCUUCAAUUUUUUCAGCGCUGGAAAGCAACAUUUGCAGCAAGGAAAGUGUGAUGAUGCCAAGGCACUUGUUCCUAAAAUCACCUCUUUGAUGACUAUUCCUCUUGUCCAAGGAACUAUUCGUUAUGCCCACAUCAUCGGCCAGGAGAGUGGUAUGACAGAGAAGGCUGAGGCUGAAGGUGCUGUCUUUGCUGCAUCUGUCCUUCCUGUCUUGCAUUCUUGCAAUGCUGGUGAUGCUUCCACUGUUUACAACAACAUGAAGGUUGGAAGUGGUGCCAAUGUGGAUUUUGCUGCUGUCAAGAAGGCCUUCGAGGAUAACUAUGCUUGCAUGGGAAUUAAUUGUGCUGAUGUGGGUGGUAUGCUCCAGGCUGAUGGCGAAAACUUUUUCGCUGGAGCAGAACCAUGCACUGGAGGCGCCCCCAGCAACACUGCAUCCAAAAGUGGUGCUUACGAAACUGGCGUUGCCGUCGCUGCCGGUAUCUCUGCCAUUGUAGCCGCACUGAUUUAA